AUGCUUUCAAAUAUUAAACACUGCAAAUGCUUGAAUUUACAAAAAAUUUUAAAACAUACAAAUAUAAAAAAUAAAUAUUUUAUAUAUUUUAGCUUUUGUAAUGUAUAUAAUGAAAAAAAUAUAAACUAUUUUGAUUAUGAUGAAGAUUUAAAAUUACUAAAAAGACUUCAAAAUAAUGAAAUUGAUGAUAUUUUAAAUAUAAAUGAUGAAAGAAAUAUUUUAAAAAUUAAAAAGAAAUAUUUAAAAUUGUUAAAAGUGUAUCAUCCUGAUGUCUACAUGAAGGAAAAAAAUGAAAAAAGAAAGAAAAAUAAAGAAGAAAUUUUUCUUCAGAUAUAUAAAAAAUAUAAAAGUAUAAAUGAAAAAUACCAAAACACUUAUGAUACAGAUAUAAAUGAUGAAUCUAUUUAUGAAAAUGAAGAAGAAAAAAGUGAGAGAUUAGAAAAAUACAAAAGAUAUUCAGAAGGAAAAAGGAAUGAUGUAAACCAUAAGUAUUUAGAAAUUUAUAUUUUAAUAGGCAUUUUAUCAACAUUUUGUGUAGUUUUUUUAAUAUGUAUUUAUUUACCUUUUAAUAUAGAUAAUUACAAAGAAGAAUUUCAUGAUAGUUCUGAAAAUAAUAAAGUUGAAAUUCUUUCUUGCUUUUAUAAUCCUGCUAUGAAACGAUAUGAAUAUUUUUCAGAUAAUUUUUUGCCACCUCAUCCAUAUCAAUUAUAUCAUUUUUAUAAAAAUAUGUUCCCUAAUUUAUCUUUAGACGAAGACAUUUUAAAGCUGAAAUACUUUGAAGUUGUAAAGUUACCAAAAAAUCGUGCAAAGAAAGCCAGGCUUUUAUACGACAAGAAAAGAAACGAACUUAUUUUUUUAAAAAAAAAAAAAAAAAUACAAUUAAAAAAAGAAUAA